UCCCGCUCCCCGGCCUCUGCUGCCGCCGCCGGCUCGGUCCCCAGCCCAGUCCCGGUCCCCCGCGCAGCCCCGGCCUUCCCCGCCGCAGCCAUGUCCAAGGCACCGCGGACCGGGCGGGAGGAGAUCCUGGAGUGCCAGGUGAUGUGGGAGCCUGACAGCAAGAAGAACACGCAGAUGGACCGCUUCCGGGCGGCCGUGGGCGCCGCCUGCGGCCUGGCACUGGAAAAUUAUGAUGACCUGUAUCAUUGGUCAGUUGAGUCGUAUUCAGACUUCUGGGCAGAAUUCUGGAAAUUCAGUGGAAUUGUCUUCUCACGCAUGUAUGAUGAGGUCGUGGACACAUCCAAAGGGAUCGCCGACGUGCCUGAGUGGUUCAAAGGCAGUCGCCUCAACUAUGCAGAAAACCUCCUGCAACACAAAGAGAACGACAGAGUGGCCCUUUACGUCGCACGGGAAGGCAAGGAGGAGAUCGUGAAGGUGACUUUUGAAGAGUUGCGGCAACAGGUGGCUUUGUUUGCAGCAGCGAUGAGGAAGAUGGGCGUGAGAAGAGGAGACCGGGUCGUUGGCUACUUGCCCAACAGUGCGCACGCCAUAGAGGCCAUGCUGGCGGCUGCGAGCAUUGGGGCCAUCUGGAGUUCCACGUCCCCAGACUUUGGCGUGAAUGGCGUUCUGGACCGGUUUUCUCAGAUCCAGCCGAAGCUCAUCUUCUCCGUGGAGGCCGUAGUGUACAAUGGCAAAGAGCACAACCACAUGGACAAGCUGCAGCGGGUCGUUAAGGGACUACCAGACCUGAAAAAAGUGGUACUGAUUCCUUACAUCUCCUCCAGAGAGAAGAUAGACAUCUCCAAGAUUCCAAAUAGCGUGUUCCUGGAGGAUUUCCUGGCCACCGGGCAAGGCGACCAAGCCCCGCAGCUGGAGUUCGAGCAGCUGGCCUUCAGCCACCCGCUCUUCAUCAUGUUUUCGUCGGGCACAACGGGAGCACCCAAGUGCAUGGUGCACUCGGCCGGGGGGACGCUCAUCCAACACCUGAAGGAGCACAUUCUUCACGGCAACCUGACCAGCAGUGACAUCAUCUUGUAUUAUACCACGGUUGGCUGGAUGAUGUGGAACUGGGUGGUGUCUGCUCUUGCCACGGGAGCUGCUGUGGUCCUGUAUGAUGGCUCCCCUCUGGUUCCAACACCCAACGUGCUCUGGGAUCUGGUCGACAGGAUCGGCAUCACCAUCCUUGGAACGGGUGCUAAGUGGCUGGCUGUGCUCGAAGAGAAAGACAUGAGGCCAGUGGAAACCCACAGUCUCCAGACACUGCACACGAUCCUGUCCACCGGCUCCCCACUGAAAGCCCAGAGCUACGACUACGUCUACAGGUGCAUCAAGAGCAGCGUCCUGCUGGGCUCCAUCUCAGGUGGCACUGACAUCGUCUCCUGCUUCAUGGGCCAGAAUCCAUCCAUUCCUGUGUACAAAGGGGAGAUUCAGGCUCGGAACCUGGGCAUGGCUGUGGAGGCAUGGAAUGAGCAAGGAAAGGCCGUGUGGGGGGAGAGUGGUGAGUUGGUGUGCACCAAGCCGCUCCCCUGCCAGCCCACACACUUCUGGAACGACGAGAAUGGCAGCAAGUACCGGAAGGCAUAUUUCUCCAAGUUCCCAGGUGUCUGGGCGCACGGCGACUACUGUAGGAUAAACCCCAAGACCGGGGGCAUCGUCAUGCUGGGCCGAAGUGACGGCACGCUCAACCCCAACGGAGUGCGAUUCGGCAGCUCGGAAAUCUAUAACAUUGUGGAAGCCUUCGAGGAGGUGCUGGACAGCCUGUGUGUCCCGCAGUACAAUAAGGAUGGGGAGGAGAGGGUGAUCCUCUUCCUGAAGAUGGCUUCCGGCCACACCUUCCGGCCCGACCUGGUGAAGCGGAUCCGUGAGGCCAUCCGCCUCGGCCUGUCCGCCCGGCACGUGCCCAGCCUCAUUCUGGAGACACAGGGCAUCCCGUACACGCUCAACGGCAAGAAGGUGGAAGUGGCCGUGAAGCAGAUCAUCGCUGGGAAGACGGUGGAGCACCGAGGGGCCUUCUCGAAUCCCGAGACCCUGGAUUUGUACCGGGACAUCCCUCAGCUGCAGGACUUUUGAGCCGAGCUGGCCAGCAUGUCCCUCAGCCACAUGCACCUGUACUGUCAUUUUUGUACAUUCAAGAAAUUACUUAGAAACCUACAGCUCUCUGGAAAGGGGUUCAAGCCAAGUCCGUAGGCCCAGGGAAGAACCGUUCUCCGUCCCGCAGGUUCAUUUGGUGGGUUCCCGAGUCUUCCACCCACCAUUGUGGGAUCCUGACCUUCAAUGAUCCUAGAGGGUGUGUGUUUUCGCAUACUUGCAGGGAGGAGCCAGGCUCACCUGUGUGUGUGCCAUUACGGCUGAUGCCCAGUCCCGUCCAGGCCGGUGGGCAUCCUGUGACAGCUCAGCUCUGGGGAUGGACCAGCUUGCAGCCUUGUGCUGUGGUCCAUUUUGAUCUCUUUCUCCCCUUUAUCUUCUCCCGGCCCUGGCUGCCGUCCUUCCGGGCCCACCUGGCUACUGUAGUGUGUUGCCCGUCAUGGGACCCAUCCCAGGGUGACUUUACAGCAUCUCACAGCAGAUGGUCAGCACCUGGGCUGACCGCUGUCCCGUCUGUGUGUCACAGGUGGAAUCCGGGCAGCUCCUGGGGCAGCCGUGUGUCACCCCAACUCUGGCGCCCCUCAGCAGACACAGAGCUCCAGUUGCCUUUAGAGAACGACUGGGUUUCAUGUUUUAAUAGGAUCUCUUUAUUUCGUGGAUUUUUGAGUGGUUUAAAUUUUUUAAUGUUAAUUAAGUGUGUGGUAUGUGGGCGUUUGAAGGUGUGGGUAAUGUCCACCCCAUGAGGGGUAUCACUCAGGAAUGUGGGCAAGCCCAGGUGGUGGGUCACCCUGGUCCUGCCGAGGCAGAGCUGCUGGGCUUCGGGGGACGCGGCUUCACUGCACAGCCCUGCCCAAGGGCCCAGGAGCCGCACAUCGGCAGCCGGGUGUACUUUUGAAUGUACUUGUCAGUUUGGCCUCUUAACACUCUCCUGUCAUCAUAAUGUUCACUUUUGUAUUUUUUAAAACUGAGCACAGUGGAAAACUUUCUUGAACCCUUUUUCUCUAGUGGAUUGUAAAAACAGAGCAGAUUGCUAUGAGGCAUUUGAUGCAAUAAACAUAUAUGUAUAUACACACA